UUCGACAUGCCACUUAUGAUUGUCCAAAUUACGAUUUUCCAAUGUGGGGGGUUCGCUUUAUCUAUGAGUAUUGCACACCCUGCAAUUGACGGAUGGACAAGUUUUACGUUCAUUUACGAGUGGUCCAAAAUGUGUAAAUUGGGAAUUCCUACUGAAAAAAUUAAUUUCAUGAGUUUUGAUUUGGCUAACAUGUUCGAACCAAGAGACGUAGCCACGAUUUUUGAAGCUUCUGCUAUUUUCGCAGGGAAACGUACCGACACUAAAUUAGUGGCCAAAAAAUUUGUUAUGGAUGAAGCCUCUAUAUCAAAGCUCAGAGACAAAUUAACAAACUGUAACGAUUCAAAAGCUUUAUGCUUUAAGCCCUCAAGAGUUGAGAUUAUUACAGCGAUUUUAUGGAGAGCUCAACUCUGCGCUUCACAGGCAAUAACAGGGAAAGUGAAGCCUUCGUUAAUGUCAUUUCCCCUGAAUUUACGCGGUAAGCUUAAAUAUCCUGAAACAGCUAAACCUUUUGGGAAUUUUAUCAUUGAAGUUCCUGUAGCAUAUGAACCUAAAGGGUCCAAUAUGGAGUUACAAGAUUUUAUUAGAUUGAUAAGAGAAACAGUGCAAAAAACUGUUGACUAUUGUGGUGAAGCUACAGCAGAUGAUGUAGUUGCAAUGGUGGCUAAUUUAUAUAACAACAAUUAUGGGGGAACAGAAUGGGGAACUAGUGAUAAUGUUGAGGAAUUUACUUGCUCAAGUUUGUGUGGAUUUCAUGUGCAAGAAGCUGAUUUUGGAUGGGGGAAUCCAAAUUUAAUGCAUUUUGGAUCAAGACAUAAUCAAGUGUUUUGGUUGUAUUCUACACAAUGUGGUAAUAGUAUUGUUGUGCAGAUGGAUCUCGAGGAAAAUUACAUGCACUUCAUUGAACGUGACCAAGAUUUUCUUGCUUUUACCAAGUUUUUGAAUUUUUCUUAAUGCAGGAUAACGAGAAAUUUACUAGUUCUUAGUGUAAUAAAUUUUGUUAUUUUCGUCAACCAUUU